AUGAAGCAAAUUAUCAGUUCAACAAGUUCUGUAGUAAUGAUGAUGAUCUUGAUGAUCAUUCUCGGAGUUUGUAAUGCUCAAAAGACAUAUUCAAUUGCUAGUAUUCAAUCAGACGUUACACUCAGUGCCAGUUCAUGUGCUGUUUCAGUUGUGGAAACUUACAGCUAUCAAUUCACUGGAUCCUACUCAACUGUUGCUAGAGCAGUUCCUUAUUCAAUUGCUUCUUCUAUUGACAUGAGUUCUGUUAGAGUUGAUGUAUUGACUGGAGGAUAUUCAUUGUCAUCUAAAUAUGUCUCAGCUCAACAAGAUUCUAACUUUAUUGUUGCUAAUUUCUUCCCUUCCACUCCAAGCACACUCACCACUACACUUACCAUUCGUUAUACAUAUAGUGCUAAUGGACCAAUUAGAGUUAAUUCUAAUAAGCAAAAUUAUGUCUCCUAUUACUAUAAGGAAAGCUCACCAAUUGGCAUGCUUACUUCAAAGUUCAUCUUCUCUUCUGAUGUCAAUCUUGCUAACAAUGUAACUACUUCAGGAGGAAGUGCUGUUGUCAAUGGAAAAACUGUCACCUUCUCAACUGGUGCUAUCAGUUCCAAUAUUGCUUAUCAACCAACUGUUACUUUCAAUACUGUUGGUGAUCAAUUCUCAAAGUGUAAUGAAGGACUCCCACUCUUUGCUAUUGUUGUCAUUGUCAUUGUAGUUGCUAUUUGCAUUUGUUGUUCAAUUAUUUGUGGUAUCAUUACUGCUUUCAGAAAUUGUGUUAUGGAUGUUCUUGGUAUUCGUAGAGCUGGAUAUGGAUAUGUUGGAGAAAGAACUGCCUUUGUUGGAGGUGGUAGCAGUAGUGGUGGUAGAGGAGGUUUCACUGGUACUUCAGGAUUUGCCAAUUAA